CGUCUUCAUCACCAGGGCCAAGGAGGACGCGCUCUGCACCAGGAACAUGUGCCCCGGCGAGUCCGUCUACGGCGAGAAGCGCGUCUCCGUCCAGAAAGAGGAUGGGACAAAGGUCGAGUACAGGGUGUGGAACCCCUUCCGAUCCAAGCUGGCUGCUGCUGUGCUUGGCGGUGUUGACAACAUCUGGAUUGCUCCUGGCCAACGGGUGCUCUACCUUGGUGCUGCAUCAGGAACAACCGUGUCUCAUGUCUCUGAUAUUGUUGGACCGGAAGGGUUGGUCUAUGCUGUUGAGUUCUCUCACAGGAGUGGAAGGGACCUUGUCAAUAUGGCCAAGAAGAGGACCAAUGUGAUCCCCAUUAUUGAGGAUGCCAGGCACCCGGCAAGGUACCGGAUGUUGGUCGGCAUGGUUGAUGUUAUCUUCUCUGAUGUCGCACAGCCGGACCAGGCUAGGAUCUUAUCCCUCAACGCCUCAUAUUUCCUGAAAUGUGGCGGUCAUUUUGUCAUGUCAAUCAAGGCGAACUGCAUCGACUGCACGCAGCCUGCGGAGGCUGUGUUUGCCAGCGAGGUGGAGAAGCUCAGGUUGGAGCAGUUCAAGCCGGCGGAGCAGGUGACCCUGGAGCCCUCCGAGCGCGACCACGCCUGCGUCGUCGGCGGCUACAGGAUGCCCAAGAAGCAAAAGCCACCUCAAUAAGAAAGUUUUUAAUCGCCGAUACAUACAUGAAUGUUGGAGCUUGUGAUAGGUUUUACAGCUAUCUGGUUUGGAGCCUUCAUAGAAGUUUGAACAAAGUUUUGAGCAGGUCCUGGUUGAAUAAUCAUGAGCUUGCAUUGCCACGCAGUUUUCACCUCGGGAUAAAUGUACGUGAA